CUGGGCUGGGCAAGAAGGAGCCCCUAGCCUUGAACCAUCUUCCCAAGGAGGAUGGGGAGAGCAAGGCCAAGGCUGGGUCUGGGCAGGGUGUUACAUGCAGACGAGUCCGGCAGAGGGGAUGCUGCAUGUGGGAUUUAAACGUCCAGACGCGAUCUGUUUCCCUGGGCAGCUCUACAGACAUGGAUGCAUUCCAGAAGGUGGAGAAGAUCGGAGAGGGCACCUAUGGCGUGGUCUAUAAGGCCAAGAACAAAGAGACUGGGCAGCUUGUGGCCCUCAAGAAGAUCAGGCUGGAUGUGGAGACUGAGGGGGUUCCCAGCACUGCCAUCAGGGAGAUCUCCUUGCUCAAAGAACUGAAGCACCCCAAUAUUGUCAAACUGCUGGAUGUGGUCCACAGAGAGAAGAAACUCUACCUGGUGUUUGAGUUCCUCACUCAGGACCUGAAGAAGCACAUGGACUCCACUCCCACCUCAGGGCUCCCCCUGCACGUAGUCAAGAGCUACCUCUCCCAGCUGCUGCAAGGACUGAACUUCUGUCACUGUCAUCGGGUCAUCCACCGAGAUCUGAAGCCUCAGAACUUGCUCAUCAACCAGUGCGGAGCCAUCAAGCUGGCAGACUUUGGACUGGCUCGAGCCUUCGGGGUUCCCCUGCGCACCUACACCCAUGAGGUGGUGACACUGUGGUACCGUGCCCCCGAGAUCCUCCUGGGCAGCAAAUUUUAUUCAACAGCUGUGGAUGUCUGGAGCAUUGGCUGCAUCUUCGCAGAAAUGGUGACUGGCAAACCUCUGUUUCCUGGGGACUCAGAGAUCGACCAGCUCUUUCGGAUCUUUCGUACCCUGGGGACCCCCAGUGAAGACACAUGGCCAGGAGUCUCCCAGCUGUCUGAUUAUAAGAGCAGCUUCCCCAAAUGGACCAGGAAGGGGCUGGAGGAGAUCAUGCCUAGGCUGGGACCAGAAGGCAAGGACCUGCUCCUGCAACUCCUGCAGUAUGACCCCAGCCAGCGGAUCUCAGCCAAGACCGCCCUGGCCCAUCCCUACUUCUCUACAGAGCACUCCCUAGCACCCCGCCAUUGCACGGUGGGGCGUUUCUACCACUAAGAUCAUGUAUGUGGGGCCCACCACCUCACACCCUCUCUGGCUGCCCCUCCCCCACC